CAAGAGACCCUCGAGCAGAAUAACUGGGUUGUUGAUUUAUAUGGUGCUGGAAGGAUCAAGAGUGAAGCAACAACAGCCGUGAGGUCCUACAGAGUUUCAGCAUGGUCUCUACGGUCCAGAACACCGACGUGAAGCAGGAAGAGAAUUGCUGAAAAUGACCCAAAGAACACCAUGCAUGAAGAAAGAUGUGGGCCAGGCAGUGGUUGUCGCGGUGUCCUUUGCUGCAGUUUUUGAAGCAGAACCUGGGGAUGCCAGAAGUGGUUACAGGUUAGGUGUGGCUCUUCCAUUGCUGCAGGUUCUGCAGAAGGUAAACGAGCGUCUUCUAGAAGAGAAUCCCGCUGAGCAUCAGCUGUUUGACAUCAUCUUGAUCACGACUGACAGCUGGCAGCAGCAGCAGAGCUUCAGCAUCAUUAACAGCACCAGACGUCAUGGCCUAGAAGUCAGCAGGUUUUGCUUUUCCAAAGAGGAGGACUUCAUCGAGAGUUUAAUGCAAAAUAAUGUUCAGCUCUUCUUAACAACCGAUGGAAAUGAAGCAUUGCAGGCAACACAGCAGGGUGUUCCCUCAGCACUGCUGGAUAAGAACUUGGCUUCCUGUCCAUCAGAACAGCUCAGAGUGUUAUUCUGUGAGGACGCCAUCAUCCAGCCCCAUGCAGGUUCAACAGCAGCAAGCAAAAAAUCUGCUCAGCAGAGCUUUUUAGCUCAACUAGGCCAGAUUCGGCAGAAGUUUGGUAUGUUCAACAGCCCUGUCUGCUUCACUCUGGUUACAUCACGUGGUGGCAAAGACAGCUGCUGUAGCACCCUAAAGUCACUGCGGGCCCUCGGCGUAAGCGUGGACGAAGCAUACUGCCUGGGUGGGGCCCCACGUGGCCCCUUCCUGUCACUACUUCGACCUCACUUACUGCUCAGCGAUGGAUUCACUCAGCUGGACGGUUGACUGCUUCAGCAUUUGGACCUUACAAAAACUGAAGAUGCCAUAAUCCUUACCAGCUCUGUGUGUUUUGCAGGAACUUUUUGUGAAUACCACUUAAUUCAAUAUGAGACAGUCAGUGAAACACAGAAGGGUAUACAAAUACAAAGCAGCUUCAACACAGCUGAACAUUCUUUGUGCAGUGUUACUUGGCAAAACCUAAAGCUCCACUCAGGUUUUCCAAGAGGUGGUUGUGAUGCUACAAUGUCAACUCAGAAUUUCAGUUUUAGACUCUGCAUAAAAUACUAAUUACUGCAAAAAUGUUUAAUGACUUCACUUCAUUCAGUGAAACAGCUGGUGUGUCUGUUUGUGGUCUAAGAAAGCUGUUGCAGAUAGUUACAGGAAGCUCUUAAACUUCACACUUGAUUGGUUUAAAUGAAAUGAGAAAGGUUUGUUUUGUUAUCAUAUACAAAUGCAGAAUAAUGAGCUACAUCCAACAGCAGCGGUUUAACCAACUGCUUGGUAAAUUAAAUCGAGUUUCUAAGGAUAUUUAUCACAUUCAAUCUAAUAUUGCUGUAGGCAAAUUUCCUUAUUGUUAUCCUCACGGGAUAAUUGCCCAAGUCAUUUAUAAUAUGGGAAUUAUGCUAUGAGGAUAACAUUAGAAUGAAAUUUACAACUAAUUUCAUACAUGAUGUGUGAUCUUUAUGGAAGUUGGCAGAAAUUCACCACAUAUACAUUUUCUAACUACAAGUCUGGUUCUUACAAAAAGGUUGUUAAAAUGUAAGAAAAAAUGUGUUAAAAUGUUGUUUAAUGUUCUAAUGUAAAUAAACUGGGGCCUGUUUCAAUAACCAAUAACUUAAUUUAUCCUUCAUUUUGUUUUAUUAAAGCAAUCACACUUCAGUUACCAUGGUGACUUAGUCUGGGGAGUUAGCCUGGUCAGGAGCACGCUAACAGCCAGGUUUAGUUAAUCCUGGACGGUGUAGGGCAGUGGUCUUCGUCUUCAGUCCUCCAGAGCCGGUGUUGUGAAUGUUUUAGGUUUGUUCCUGCUCCACCACAUCUGAUUCUAAUGGCUGAUUCACCUCCUCAGUAUGCCAUCAAGGUCUGCAGAGGCUUACUAAUUAAACAUUCAUUAUGUUCAGUUCAGUUCAGUUAAACCAGGACCAACAGCCCCUGAAGCCUGACUUUGGACCAGUCGGUCUGUUUAGAAAUUACUUUUUAGAGUUUUCUAAAAUGCUUCAUUUUUAUUCAAUCUGAUGUAUAAUUUACUGUGUUUGUAUCUAGCGUUAAAGUAUGGCUGUAUACCCAAGUCCACAAACUACAGAUUUGACCUGUAAUAAUAAAUUUGUUGAGAUGUAAUAAAUUCAAUAUAUAUUGAAAAAA